AUUUAAAAGCUAUAUAUAACAGUAAUUUCAUGCAAUCUUGGUCCCAGUCGUUUACUCGGUUUUCGCGUGAACUUUUCUGUGUCUCUGCAACAUGGAGGAUGUUAAGCAGCCACUCCUCUCUCCGAGAGUUCACGAAGACGAACACCACUUGCUUCCCAGCCAAACAAGAAACGCUUCCUUCGAUGCCGACGACAUCCCUCCGAUCAAUGGCGUCCGCGAUUUAUUCAGAGAAUCUAACAAGGAACUCAAGAAGCUCUGGUGCCUCGCCGGCCCUGCCAUCUUCACCUCUCUCUGCCAAUAUUCCCUUGGCGCCAUCACACAAACCUUCGCCGGCCAGGUCGGGACGCUCGAACUCGCCGCUGUCUCCGUCGAGAACUCCGUCAUCGCCGGAUUCUCCUUCGGCCUCAUGCUUGGAAUGGGGAGUGCGUUAGAGACGCUGUGCGGUCAAGCAUACGGAGCAGGACGAAUCGAUAUGCUGGGAGUGUAUAUGCAGAGAUCAUGGGUUAUACUACUCACUACAGCUCUAUUUCUCAGUUCUGUAUACAUAUUCGCCGGAUCGAUCUUGAUGCUAAUCGGACAAACGGCGUCGAUUUCGAAGGCGGCGGGGACACUAUCUCUGUAUAUGAUACCGCAGCUAUUCGCGUACGCUUUCAAUUUUCCGAUGGCGAAGUUCUUGCAGGCACAGAGCAAGAUGAUGGUGAUGGCGAUGAUAGCGGCGGCUGCCUUGGUUCUGCACACGGUGUUUAGCUGGUUAUUGAUGUUGAAAUUGGAGUGGGGACUUGUUGGUGCGGCGGUUGUGCUGAACGCAUCUUGGUGGUUCAUCGAUUUGGCGCAAUUCGGGUAUAUCGUCAGUGGCACAUGCGGACGAGCCUGGUCUGGAUUUUCGUUCAAGGCCUUUCAGAAUCUCUGGGGCUUUGUUAGGCUAUCGCUCGCAUCAGCGGUCAUGCUAUGCUUGGAAACAUGGUACUUUUAUAUAUUAAUAUUGUUCGCCGGAUAUCUAAAGAAUGCAGAAAUCUCUGUGGCCGCCUUGUCCAUAUGCAUGAACAUAUUAGGAUGGACGCUCAUGAUGGCUAUUGGAAUGAAUGCUGCCAUUAGUGUGAGAAUCUCCAAUGAACUAGGAGCAGGUCAUCCCAGAACAGCAAAAUUUUCAUUAACAGUUGCUGUAAUAACAUCAUCUGUCAUCGGUAUUGCGAUGGCAAUUGUCCUGCUCGUCACACAAGACAGUUACCCUUACCUGUUUACAAACAAUACCCAAGUCAAACAACUUGUCAAAGAGCUUAAUCCAUUUCUGGCUGCUUGUAUUGUCAUCAACAACAUCCAACCUGUUCUCUCUGGGGUGGCUAUUGGGGCAGGAUGGCAAGAUGUUGUAGCUUAUGUGAACAUAGCAUGCUACUAUGUGUUUGGAAUUCCAUUAGGUCUCUUAUUGGGUUACAAGUUUGAGUUUGGUGUCAAGGGGAUUUGGUGGGGCCUGAUGUCCGGGACUAUUCUACAAACUUUUGUUCUUUUCUUGAUGGUUUACAGGACCAACUGGAACCAAGAGGCAUCUAUUGCAGAGGAGAGGAUAAGGAGAUGGGGAGGCGAAACUGAGUCCAGAGAGAAUGAAACUGAAAAAUGAGACAAUAAUAUUUCAUAUUCUUGCUUAUUUUCCAGUUUAAUUAAUUAUUCUUGCAAGAAGAUUAUUACAACACAUUAAGGAUUAAUCACCAGUAGUUAAUCGAAUGCGCUACUGGAAAUGUUGUUUUUUUAGUGUCAAGUCGUGUAUCUUAACCCUUCUUUGGGAGGAUACUAUUUAUUCUAGAAAUCAAGCCAAUAGUUUUGAUCGCA